CAUGUUUCGAAGCUUUUUCGAAGGUUUCAUGUGAGCAGCAGGAGAAAGUAGACAGGUGUACCGGCUGCCUGAGAUGCCAAAAUACUGCUGUGUUCCCAACUGUAACAACGCUGCUAACAGCGACAGGAGGAGCUUCUAUAAGUUCCCCCUCCAUGACCCACAGCGGCUGCAGCUGUGGCUGAGGAACAUGGGAUGUGAGAACUGGACUCCCUCCCGGUACCAGUACAUUUGCCACCAACACUUUACACCUUCUUGUUUCAAGGUGCGGUGGGGAAUCCGAUACCUUGAGAGUGACGCUGUGCCUACGGUGUUUCAGGAGACAACGAAACAUAAUGCCACAGACCAUAGCCAGAAGAAAGUGAAACAGCUUCGAGUUAACACUAAAGAAAGCAUAACAGUGUCAGGUGGUGGGACACCAGCAGCUGAUGCAGCACAACUACAGAGUUUAUUAGACUCGUCUCACCUGUAUGAGAACACUGUGGACCCAUUACAGCAGGAAGAAACUAGGCUAGUGGGAACAAGCGAAGAUACUGCAGGUUUUGUCCAGUUAAACCUGAAGCCACCAGCAUCAGUAGAUGGACUUCACAUGGAGGUUAAUUUCCCUGUAACUUUAUUCCAGAUGGUAAAUGGUCUAAAUGACUGUGGUGAGAACACCACAGUGGUGAUGAUGUGUGAAAAUCCUUCAGGGGAACAUCAGGAGAUGACUAUGAAUGGACUCACUACUGCCAUUUUAAGUCCAAGUCACGGGCUGGUUAUGAAUGACUCCACGCGUAUGGAUGAGCUUUCUUCCUACCUCACAGAUGAAGAUGUGAUUUAUACCACAGAGGACGUCUCCGCCAUUAAUGAUGAUGACGCGGCUCAAGUCAUCGCCUACUUUGAGACGAUACCCAAUGUUUUGGCAAGGGAAUUCACUGAGCAUGCUCUAAUCACUCCAGAAACAGUGCUGUCCUCUGCUCUGAGCUCCAAACCCAUUACAUCUACUCUGCCCAUAGUCUCCAAACACUUACGACCAUCCCCCCCAUCAGUAGCCCUCAAUACUGUGGAAAAACCUGAGAGCGAGGACUCCGAAGGACAAGACAGCAGCCAAGAGGACAUCACUGACCAGGAUGACCUGCAGCUUGAGGAGCACUGCUACUACAAGAACAGGGUGAGUAAGGAGAAACUGGAGGCCAUCGUUGCUGGACUGCAGAAGAAGCUCAAAGUGCUGCAGCAGAAACACCGCCGCCACCUGGACAAACUUGUUGCAUUGGAGAACACGGUCAGUCAGCUGAGACAGACGAACCUGCUGCAUGAGGAGCGACUGCAGCUGCUUGAGAGGGCUUACAUUCAGACCGCUGCAGCAGUGACCGAUCCAGGUCAGACUGUCGCCAUCAUCUACGAGGACGACGACACCACCUACGUCUGCACUCCACUGACUGAUACAGAGAAGCUGUGAGGACAAAACAAAAUGGACAUGCCGACCACGAUGAGACUCAUAUCCCAAGUGGGAGUGGCUACAGGUACGAAACAUUUCCAUGUGUGGCCAGCAAUAGUACUGAGUGGGCGGUACCCUUACAGACUGAGCAGCUGUGACAGAACCCAGAUGUAUUAAAAAUGUAUCGCAGUACUUAUUUAAUUACCAGACACAUAUCAGAGCCCUAAAAAUUUUGACGGUCACAUUCAGAUUACUGCUACGUAUGCUCGGCACGUUUCACCUCAGGGAAGCAAAAUUAUACUCAAAGCAACAAAAAUCUGUUACCAAAUAUUACUUGCCUUCUGUGACUCCCCACCUCCCCCCACCCAUCCUCAAAUGUUUUUGCCUGUAGUCAGUCAAAGAGUCAGAGGUGGGACGAAGUCACUGUCAAGUUAUUCUCAAUCAUCAAUCUGCAAGUCCCAAGUCAAGUCUCAAGUCAGCUUGCAAACAAUUGGUUUUAAUUAUGACUUGGGACUUGGUGACUUCGUUUCACCUCUGCAAAGAGUACAUAUUACUCAGCGUUGUCAGUUAUGAUUUGGCUUUUGCUGUCAGUGAAGCUUUAACAUCUAUCAGGUGCUGGAGAAUUUAUAUAUGUGUGUAUAUAUACACACACACUGGGUUGUGCCGUAGCCCCUCACCGUGUCAGAGUGCUGUGCAGGCGGUAUUACUGCUUGGUAUGCACAGGAAUGUCUCGUAUCUGUAGCCACUCCCGCUUGGGAUAUGAGUUUCACAAUUGUAGGCAUAUCCAAAAAAUACAAAUUAAAAAACACUCACACCUGUGCCAAAUAAACUGUGACUAAUAAAAAACAGAAAGCUGUGUUUGUAUGGUGCCAACUCUGGGACAAAGGGGUUUUUUUUUAAAUGGAAUGUUUGAUUUUUUGCGCUUGAACUCUGCAGAAUACAGCAGUGUAUUCAGAAUAACAGUGCAUGUAGGCAGAUCUUUUUAAAUUUUAAUAAAAUUUUGAUUCCAUUAUGAAUUCUUCUGAAUGAAAA